AGGCCCUAUUUUCCUCUGCCACUCUCAAUCCUCCCAGUUGUUUAGGAUGGCAGAAGACAAUAAAGAAGUCAAGUCAUUUAAGGAUUUGGGGAUAUGUGAGCAAUUGGUGGAGGCUUGUGAAAAUUUAGGAUGGAAAACACCAUCUAAGAUACAGGCUGAAGCCAUUCCUCAUGCACUAGAAGGAAAGGACUUGAUUGGGCUUGCACAAACAGGUUCUGGUAAGACCGGAGCAUUUGCACUUCCCAUACUCCAAGCCCUUUUAGAUACUCCUCAAGUGCUGUUUGCUUGUGUGCUCUCCCCUACUCGGGAACUUGCUAUUCAGAUUGCAGAGCAGUUUGAAGCUUUAGGUUCUGGAAUUGGUCUAAAGUGUGCUGUGCUUGUUGGAGGAGUGGACCAUACACAACAAGCAAUUGCCCUUGCAAAGCGCCCACAUAUUGUUGUGGGUACACCUGGACGACUCAUGGACCAUCUGUCCAAUACAAAAGGUUUUUCUCUUCGGACGAUGAAAUACUUGGUCUUAGAUGAGGCUGAUAGGUUGCUGAAUGACGACUUUGAGAAAGCCAUUGAUGAGAUUUUAAGUGUUAUCCCACGGGAGCGAAAGACAUACUUAUUUUCUGCUACUAUGACGAAAAAGGUGCGUAAGCUCCAGAGGGCCUGUCUCAGGAAUCCUGUGAAGAUUGAGGCUGCAUCUAAAUAUUCCACUGUUGAUACACUCAAGCAACAGUAUCGCUUUGUUCCUGCUAAGUACAAGGAAUGCUAUCUUGUAUAUAUUCUAACUGAGUUAUCUGGAAGUACAACAAUGGUUUUCACUCGUACUUGCGAUGCAACUCGCCUAUUGGCUUUGCUUCUUCGAAACCUUGGUUUAAGGGCUAUCCCAAUCAGUGGUCAUAUGAGUCAGGCUAAAAGACUUGGAGCACUGAACAAGUUUAAGGCUGGAGAAUGUAAUAUACUUAUCUGCACUGAUGUGGCAAGUAGAGGACUUGAUAUUCCAUCUGUUGAUAUGGUUAUCAAUUAUGAUAUUCCCUCAAACUCCAAGGAUUACAUACAUCGAGUGGGAAGAACUGCUCGUGCAGGAAGAUCUGGGGUUGCAAUCUCACUAGUGAACCAGUACGAGUUGGAGUGGUACAUACAGAUAGAGAAGCUUAUUGGGAAAAAGUUACCUGAGUUUCCUGCUCAAGAAGAGGAAGUUCUGCUACUCUUGGAGCGUGUCACAGAGGCAAAAAGAAUAUCCCAGAUGAAAAUAAAAGAGACAGGAGGCAAGAAGAAGAGAAGGGGAGGAGAUGAAGGAGAGGAAGAAAUUGAUAGAUAUUUAGCUUCAAAGAAUGGGAAGUCAUCCAAGAAGUUGAAGAAACGCUGAUUGUUGUACUAUCCUCCAAUUUUGUUUGCUAUAAAUUUUGUUGUGUUCAUAUUAACUAUGAGUAUGUUUUCCUGGUGUACUAAAUUUCAGCCAAGCUGUGGUAUAUUCAUUUUAAUUAUUUCUUGUAGUUGACCAAAACAUGUUUGUAGAAUUGGUUCUGAUGCUCCAGAGAUUGAGGUGUAGUUGAUAUUGACACUAGUGCUUAUACUGCAUGAGCCCUUAGAAAGAAUGUGGGAGGUACUCAUUUCAUUUUCAUCUAAUCAUGGAUAUGAGUGGAAA